AUGAAUAAGAACCCCGGCGACCCUACCAGUGGGCGGGGCACGCUGAAAGGUUUCUACUCGUACAAGAACACCUUUGAUGAAGAUAGUGUCUGGCUGGAUAUUCCGAAACAUGUGAUCUUUGUCGACAACUCGGAUCCGUAUGUGGAAGACCUUGAAGCGGCCUUGGGAGAGUCCGAAGCGGCUAUCCUCGCCGCGAAUGCGCAGAAUCGAGAUUGGAACGCUCAGCGGACCAUGCCUUUGGACGCGGAGACUCAGGGUUUAAAAGCUCUAUCGGCGGCAGCGGUCCACAACCAACUACCGUAUACCCCUUUAAAUAUGGACCAACAGCCUUUACCCACCCCCGACAGUGGCGUAGCGUUCAAUGCGGUUCCAGCCACGGCCGUGACCACUGGCCCUUCGCCGAACCCGACAUGUAAUGCGAUACCCGGCCAACCAUCUCCGCCGGUUUCGAUUUCGCCCUCUAACAGCACGAAUAAUAAUAUCAACUUCCUGCUUAAUCCCUCUCAAUCUCUUUCUCCACAAACGGACCCUAAUUUACAGUAUGCAACGGCACGGAGAAGCUCUUCGCUGACCGCGAGGUCGGUAGCGUCGCGAGGUGCGAGUGCCGCUGAAUCCAAGCCGGACGGACCGGUGGAAACCGACCGUGAAAUUAUGUUUCUCUUGCGGCAUUUCUCCGAGUCGCCGGGGCUCUGGAUGGAUUUAUUCGACCUUGGGACAUAUUUCGCAUCAUACGUGCCGGCCAAAGCACGGUCCAAUCCCCUGCUGCGAUACGCUGCGUGUGCGUACGCCGCGAAGCAGCUGGGCCGGGUCAAAGGCGCGAGGCCCCCUACCGGUGAAUUUGCCUCAACUCAGUCUCUCAUGCGACGAGGACCGGACGCGAAGAACGUAGACUGGAUCUGGCAUGGCGCGAAGUAUUAUGAAAAAGCCAUUCAGCUGCUGAUGAAGGAGUUGCAGCCCGACAAAGGCCCCGCGCCACUCAGCACCCCGGAGGCAUUUGGCCAGUGGCAGGCGGCAGAAUUGUCGGAGGGUAAUGGCCCUAACAACCCGCGAAAGCGCCGAAGGCGUUACUCGGAGAGUCGAUUUUCGAAUGGGGUCCACUCGGAUGAAGUUCUUGCGGCGACGGCCAUCUUGUCCGUAUAUGAAUUUCUGGAUGCCACCGGCCCGGCAUGGAAUCGACACUUGAGUGGCGUUAAAUCUUUGUUGGAUGUGGCCGAGGUUGGAAUGAUGCCCCUUGAGCAACACCCUUCACCCGGCGACGCUCUGCCACAGCCGUUGAAGAGACCCGGUCUUUCCAAGGCCCGAAGGGCCACCUUCUGGAACUUUGCCCGGCAAGAUUACCUGGCUGCCUUCAUCAAUGAGUGUAACACCAGGCUGAAUACCGAUGACCUGGUACUCUGGACUGAAGCUGGUCUUCAGAUAGACAACAUGGGCUUCGUAGUCCCUAGUAAUUCAAACGCCGCUGGUUAUCCUGAAGGCGAUGACGCUAUGAAAGAAGACCUCAUCGGAAAUGGCCUCAUAUGGAUUCUUUCCAAGAUCAUCAAUUUCAUCAGCUCGGGGGACAACCUGCAGUUGGGGAGCGGUCCAGUUAAUACCGGGCCUCUGGGUAUUUCGCAGCAGGUUUUACUUGAGCGGUGGUAUCGCUUGGAAACCGAGCUUGACGUUUGGUACAACGGUCUCCCGGAUACCUUCCGGCCCUGCGCACGGCUGGAGCACCCUUUGCAGAAAGACGGCGACGGUGAUGGUGACGGAUCUGCUUUGUCCGAGAUCUGGUACAGCAUUCCCGUAUGCUCGUCAGCUAUGCAGCAUUACCACAUGGCCCGUAUCUUGCUUCUGAUCAACAAACCGCAUGAGUCGACCAGUAGACGGAGUACGAUCACCAAUCGACUCAAUUCGUAUCGUUCCAUUGAGAGUGAGAUCCGAUUUCAUAGUCGUGAGAUUGUAGGUAUCUCGAUGGCUCACCCAGAAGGCUCGGUCCGAAUCAACUCGCUCCAGCCAUUGUUCGUGAGCGGUCAAUGUCUCACCGAGCCUCGGGAACGUGAGAUGGUGUUGCAACUGCUGCGCGGCAUAGAGUUUGAUCUUGGCUGGGCCACUGAGUAUCGCGUAAAGCAAUUGUUGCGGGAGUGGGGCUGGGAAGGCCAAGCCAAGGUCAGCGUGUCUUGA